AUGAAUUUAUGUGAUAGGAAGUCCUAUAAAUACCUAUGUAAUCUUGAGUUGAAGACAAGUCCACAACUGAAUAGAAAAUCAUAUCCUCCUCUUAAGUCCACUUCUAUUUCCUACAAAGUGGUAUCAGAGCCACAAAUAUUAGAAACAAUGGCAAAAACCAACAUGAUCCCCUUCCAAGUUCCAAAACUGUCCAAAGAGAAACUUGAUAAUUGGUGCAUCCGCAUGAAGGCACUACUUGGUGCACAUGAUGCAUGGGACAUCGUGGAGAAUGGUUAUGAGGCUCCCACCGAUCUAGUUGCUCUCACUAAAGCACAAAAGGAUCUUUUACAAAGCACUAAGAGGGAGGAUCAAAAGGCUGUUUCUAUUAUUCACCAAGCAUUGGAUGAGAUCACUUUUAAGAAGGUUUCUAAUGCUACUACAACAAAUCAAUUAUGGGAUAUGCGGGUUGCCUGCAAAGGAAAGGAGACGGUAAAGAAAGUUCGCCUCCAAAAUCUACAAGGUGAAUUUGAAGCUAUUCAAAUGAAGAAAUUCAAAAAUCCGUCAGAUUAUAUUUCAAGAGUGGUGACCGUUGCAAACCAAAUGAAGAGGCUUGAUGAAGAUGUGACUGAUUUAAGGGUGAUUGAGAAAAUCCCUAGAUCAGUUAGUGAGAAAUUUGAUCACGUGGUGACUGCCAUUGAAGAAUCGAAGGACGUGGAAGAUAUGACAAUUGAAGAAUUAAGCGGAUCAUUAAAAGGGAAAUACAAGUUUCAAAGGACUAGGGUGUGGAUGAGGCUUUGGAAGAGGAGGAAGAGUGGUGAUGGUGCGAAAGCUAACCUUUCUCAUGAAGAAGAUAUAGAAAAUAAUGAAGAGAUAGAGUCUACUUUUUUGAUAGCUUGCAAGGACUUGCAGCAAGGAGAAAAACAUUCUUGGUUCCCUAAUAUUGAAGCUAGUAAUCACAUGUGUGUGAACAAAUAUUUGUUCAUAGAGCAUGAUGAAAAGGUUGGUGGCAAUAUCACAUUUGGGGAUUUCUCCAAAAUUCCAAUAAGGGGGAAAGGUAAAAUCUUGGUACAUAUGAAAGAUAGAAAUCACAAAUUUAUUUCUAAUGUUUAUUAUGCUCUAGAUAUGAAAAGUAAUAUUUUGAGUGUGGGUCAAUUAUUGGAGAAAGGUUAUGUUUUGUUCACGAAAGGUUGCAGUAUGUUUUUAAAGGAUGAUGUUGAAAAUUUGAUUGCUAAAGUACCUAUGGCAAAAAAUCGUUUGUUUGUGUUGUCCAUACAAACUGAUAUGGCUAAGUGUUUGACGCCGUGUUAUAAAGACUCAUUAUGGUUGUGA